AGAGGAGUCCGUCCUGGUUAGCGACUAACAGGUUUAAUUGGGAUCAUCGGAGGAGGAGCAGAGCUAGCGGCGCAAGAACGACGACGACAACGAUGAUGCCGAGGACGUCGGGGGUCUGGCUGCUGGUGGCGAUGGUGUGCCUGGCCGCCACGGCGGCGAGGGCGUACGACGACAUGGCCGACGUGACCACCUACUGGCAGAAGCGCACGCAGGAGACCCGGUUCAAGCGCGGCGGCCCCCUCACCGACCUCGUCAACGCGGCGGCUCGCUACCACCAGGAGCUCAACGGCAACAAGUAUGGCGGCGGACGGUAUCUUCUCCAGGAGAAGGCUGAAGCCCCCGCCGCCGACUCUACCGCCUCGACGGCCACGGAAACGGCCACCUCUACCGCCUCUACGGGCGCAGCAGCUCCUCCAGUUGUCCAGAACACACUGGCGGAUCAUGAAAUGAUUGGCGCCUAACCGAUGAUUCAGUUCGUUACAGUACUAUACUUCUCUGUUGUUGCUAGUUCAUUUAUGUUUCGUCUGUUAACUGCUUCUCUGCAUGCGGAACUAUGUAUGGUGACAUGCAUCCGCAGAUAAAUUUGUAACUAAUACAUCUAUACAUCCAUAUUAUAUUUCCCCGUACAUCUACCCAAACGAGUUAUGCCACAGAUAUACUAGGGACAUGCGAUGUGUAAUCUUAUUGAUAUGUAAUAAUCUUAUAAUGUUCAGCACUCUUCUAUA